AUGUCGAACGACGAGAUUCUUACAGACGACUAUGUCGCCGGUCUUCUGGCCAAAGAGGCUAGCGACUGCUCGAUCAAGUACUCUGCAAUGGGAAUGGAAGCUUUCAACACGAAAUCUAAGCCGUCCAACGUGCCGAAGCCGAAUACGAGGUUUCUGAGAAAUAUCAUCAGGGAUACGGACACACACAACAAGGCGCUACUGGCCAAGGAGGCCGCCGAGUCCAAGGCGAGGCUCAAGGAUUUGGAGCGCGCCGAGGAAGCCAAGCGACGAAAGUCAAACCCAACGGCCGGAGAUGUACGGAGACGACAGCUGGGAAAUAUUCAGUCAAUUCUGGGUGGAUCAAGGCAGAAACGAGAUGACAACGUAAAGCCAGCCGACGACGAAAAAUCGAGGAAUAAGAGCGACAGCGACCGCCAUUCGCGCCGGGCGUCGCGCCGAGAAAGAGACGACGGCACUGAUCGCCGCAAGUCGAGGAAAGACUACGGUCGAUUAUCGCGAAGCCCUGAGGGAGACGAGCGAAGGAGUCAUCGCGAAGAUCAGCCACGGACCUCACGUAGGAAGCAUCGCGAUGGCUCUUCCGAGGAUAAACAUCGACAUACCCGUGACCGUGACCGCCAGAGAGAUCGGUCUAGGUCGCCUCGCCGUCGACGACGUUCUCGGUCUCCUCAGACUAAUAGAAGCAAACAUCGGAGUCGCUCUCCCUUGGCUACAGAGAAGCAAACCUCUCGAGACUUACAUCUCAAAAACGACGAAGACGAAUCAGACCCCCUAGACGAAUUUAUAGGGCCUGCUCCGCCUCCAAAGUACCGCGGCCGGGGAACAGUUGCCGGAACAGCUAGCUUGGAUCGGCGAUUUUCUGAUUCGUACGAUCCAAGCACCGAUGUACUCCCGGAGAAUGAGGAGGAAGACUGGGACGAUGCAGUGGAAGCGUUUAGGGAUCGCCAGAAGCUACGUCGAGUGCAAGAUGAGCGGAUGAAGGCCGCUGGGUUUGCAGAUCACCAGAUUCAGCAGAUCAACAACAACCAACGAGAAAAAACGGAGGAGGACGUCGUAUGGUCCAAGGCCGGCGAGGAGAGGGCAUGGGACCGCGGGAAGAGAGAGGACAGCGAUGGCGAUAUUGUCUUGCAAGGCAUUUUAUCAGAGGAGUUGUGA